AACAGAAAACAAAAUUCACGACUCAGGACACAAUUUUCAGAUUUCUUUUUACUUUUGGGCUUAGCUUCAGUGUUCUUACACCUCAACGUACAGUUGAAAAAAAGCCCACAAAAUUUAUCCCAAAACCCUAGCAAGAACCCUAAGUUGUGGUGCGGUAGCUGUACCACAGUCUUCUACAAAACCCUACCAAACCCUUCCAAACCCUUCCACUACUACUCUGAACUCACGAUGCUUGAAAUCGCUUAAGCUUGUUAUAGUUAGCUCCCUUAACUUGAUCACAGUAGUAGGUGUUAGCAAGAGUUGCACAAAAGCUUAGCGAAAAUGCCUCUGGGAGAAAGAGCGUGGGAUAAGAGCGAAUCUCGCUACUGUGGCAUAGAGACGGAGUUCAACGAUGACAUGCCACGUGUCCUCAGUUUCAAUCUCAGUUCCGGCGGCUUUGAUUUCGUUAUUGCUCCUCUGAUGGAUCCCUCUUAUCGGCCAAGUUUAGUGCAAAAGGAUAGUUUGGGGUCUGGUGUUCUUCCAUUUGCUGGUUCAGACUUGGUCUUGAGCCCAUCCCAAUGGAGUAGUCAUGUAGUGGGUAAAAUUAGCUCAUGGAUAGAUUUGGAUUCAGAGGAUGAAACCUUUAGGAUAGAUUCUGAAACCACUCUUAAACAAGAAAUAGCCUGGGCUUCUCAUCUCUCUUUACAGGCCUGCCUGCUUCCUGCCCCCAAGGGAACUUCUUGUGCUAAUUAUGCUAGAUGUGUGAAUCAAAUCUUGCAGGGCUUAAAUAAUGUGCAGUUGUGGCUCAGGAUUCCGUUAGUGAAGCCUGAUGAGGACUCUAUGGAUGCUAAGUCCAUUACUUUGGUUGACUCCUGGGAAACAUGGAAUUCAUUUCGUUUGCUAUGUGAGCAUCAUAGUCAGCUGUCUGUUGCACUUGAUAUUCUGAGUACUCUUCCUUCUGCAAAUUCACUAGGACGUUGGUUUGGGGAGCCUGUUAGAGCAGCUAUAAUUAGUACUGAUUGCUUUUUAACUAAUGCUCGUGGUUGGCCAUGCCUCUCCAAGCGCCACCAGAGGUUAAUUACUGGUUUCUUUAACCAUUCUAUUCAGAUCAUUAUAUCUGGAAAUUUAGUUCAUCCGAAGGCAAUUGUGGAAGCUAAUGCUUUUCAUGAUAAUUUAGUUUCUGUUGAUAGGAGUGGAAAUGUGGGCUUGGAUGGUGAGGAAAGGUCUAAGGUGUGGAGAGUGUAUGUACGGAGAACCAGGUCUAUUUUCUGGUUUCUAACAAAAGUGAGCCUUUUUUCCACUUCAGAUUCACACAGUCAUCCUUUGCGGCCCUAUCUAGACUAUGUGGGAUAUCUAUACCAGAAAAUGGAUCCACUUCCCGAGCAAGAGCGUUUUGAGCUUGGUUACAGGGAUUUUUUACAGUCUCCCUUGCAACCACUUAUGGAUAAUUUAGAGGCUCAGACUUACGAAACUUUUGAGAAGGAUGCAGUAAAAUACAUUCAGUACCAAAGAGCAGUUAGUAAAGCACUGCUGGACAGGGUUUCUGAUGAAGAGGCAUCUGCUAAAACCAUUGUAUUGAUGGUUGUUGGGGCAGGACGUGGGCCUCUUGUGCGGGCAUCAUUACAGGCUGCUGAAGAAACUGGACGGAAGCUAAAAGUUUAUGCUGUUGAAAAAAAUCCAAAUGCAGUUGUUACCCUACAUGCUUUAGUCAAGUUAGAGGGAUGGGAGAAUACUGUUACCAUAGUCUCAAGUGACAUGCGACAUUGGGAUGCCCCUGAAAAAGCUGACAUAUUGGUUAGUGAACUGUUAGGUUCUUUUGGCGACAAUGAACUGUCUCCCGAAUGCCUUGAUGGAGCCCAGAGGUUUUUAAAGCAAGAUGGAAUUUCAAUACCUUCUUUGUACACAAGUUUCCUCCAACCAGUCACAGCUUCAAAGUUAUAUAAUGAUGUUAAGGCACAUAAAGACCUUGUACAUUUUGAAACUGCUUAUGUUGUGAAAAUACACAAUGUAGCCCGACUUGCACCGUCUCAACCUGUUUUUACAUUUACUCAUCCAAAACAUUCCGAUAGUGAAAGUAAUCAGCGUUAUAAAAAGUUGAAUUUUGCGAUACCUAAUGACACUGGAUCAGCAAUGGUACAUGGAUUUGCUGGCUACUUUGAUGCAACUCUUUACAAGGAUGUUCAUCUUGGAAUUGAACCUUCAACAGCGACACCAAACAUGUUCAGUUGGUUUGCAAUAUUUUUCCCAUUAAGGACACCUAUUUGUGUGGACCCUGGUUCUACACUUGAAGUACAUUUCUGGCGCUGUUGUGGUCCUACAAAGGUUUGGUACGAGUGGAGUGUUACAUCUCCGUCAUCGUCGCCAAUUCACAACAUUAAUGGACGUUCAUACUGGGUUGGUCUUUAGUGACUUGCAUUUCCUGUAAAAUUUCAGUCUUGCGACGAGUAGUUGAGUUUUGCCCUGAGCACAAAGUUUUGGAGCAAGCAUCUUGGUGGGUCUUCAUUUCAAUUCAUUUAGGAAAUCUUGUUGUACAAUAACAUUGGCUCGUUUAAGACUUGAUCCAAAUCGUUUUAAAUGGCC